CCAACUAUACAAACUUUUCAUUACAUCUCAUCCGUCCAAUAACUCACUAACUAAACCGCCACCGCCGUAAAACCCAAAAACUAAAAAUAAAAUGGCUACCAUCGCCGCCGCAGCAUCUCCGCUCACAUUCACAAGACUUUUAUCUCGCGCCACCAAACCCCACUUCACCUCCGUCAAUUUUUCACCUUUCACCAAACCCCCCACCUUCAAAAGAUUCUCAACCGUCGCCGCCGCGAAAACCAUCUCUGUCGGAGACAAACUCCCCGACACAACCUUAUCCUAUUUCGAUUCCGAAAACGAACUACAAACCUUAACAGUUUCCGAACUUACAAAAUCCAAGAAAACAAUACUGUUUGCUGUCCCUGGUGCCUUCACACCCACAUGCUCACAAAAACAUCUCCCGGGGUUUAUCGAAAAAGCCGGAGAGUUAAAGUCAAAAGGGGUUGAUCAAAUUGCGUGUAUUUCGGUCAAUGAUGCAUUUGUAAUGAAAGCUUGGGGAAAAGAAUUGGGAAUUGGGGAUGGUAAUGAUCAGGUAUUGUUAUUAAGUGAUGGAAAUGCGGAUUUUACGAAAGCGAUCGGCUGUGAGUUGGAUUUAAGCGAUAAACCGGUCGGGUUGGGGGUUCGGUCUAGACGAUAUGCAAUGCUGGUUGAAGACGGAAUUGUCAAGGUUUUGAAUCUUGAAGAGGGAGGUGCUUUUACUUCUAGUGGUGCUGAUGAUAUGCUCAAAGUUCUUCAUUGAUCUCGAUAUAUCCAGGUGUAGCUUACUUAUUGUAUCGAUGAUAAUAAUAAUAAUGAUGACGUGUUUAUUAGCUGAUGCUAAUGUUUUGGUUUUUUGUAUUAAUAAGAAUGAGGUGUUUGUGUUUGUGACUCGGAUUAUGUUUUACCAAUUUGCAUAAUUGGUGAGUGAAGUCGGAAAUGUUUGAACCUUGUUUA